CGAAUGCUUCUCAGCCGCACGAUCAAAACAAAAUCCAGGGCUUUCGAUCAGGUUAUCCACUUCGCUCAUCAAGUCAUCAUCGUCCCUCAUCUUCUUUGCCCAUCAACAACUGAUUUUAUCAAAGAGAUUCAGAAAUUUAGAGCGUAGCUGAAAUCUCAUCAUUCUCCAUUGUCUUCCAAUCCUCAUCUUCGCUCAUCAGUAACUCUUCUUCUUCUUUUUCUAUUUCGCUAAUAGGAAUCCAUUUGAGUUGAAAAGCUCGAAAUCAAGUUUUAAUUUCAUUCCAGGAGAUAAUGGUAUGCUUUCGCACCAGCGCCACAGGGGAUGAGUGAGAGAGACUUCAAGUUCUUAGAAUCUGUAGAUGGUUUUGACAAUGCCCUCAUAUACAAGCAUUGAGAGGAGGGUGACAAUGAAAGCAUUUGGAGUUGAUUUAAUAGUUACAGACCCAACCAAGGGAAUGAGUGGAACUGUACCGAAAGCUUAUCACCUUGUGGAGUCCGCACCAAAUGCUUUUAUGCUUCAGCAGUUCUCCAAUCCUACAAAUACUCAAGUAUAUGAUUUUGCAAUUCGCAAAUCUUAUAUCCUGCUUAUAUACCUCAAAUCUAAAAACCACAAUGUUAGGUUGCCUAUAUCCUGUUUCAUCCAAUUCACAUUCCUUGGAUCAGUUCAGCUGGAUAGAUGCUCUCAGAUUUAUAUACUUAUCAAUUUAUGGCUUUUUUAAGAACAUAUAUAUGGAAUUGAGCCAGCUGAAAGCAAUGUACUAAAUGGUGGCAAACCAGGUUGUGUUCUUUCUUCUUAUUAUUCUUUUUCUUCCUCCUUUCUCUUUUCUGAAUUCAUGGCUACUACAAAUAAAAAUCUGCGACUGCAACCUUAGCUCCUAAGCACUGAGCACACCGCACUACUCCUCUUUUAUUAAGGCAAGAGUUCAUGGCUCCGGUGUGAUGAUUCAAAUGCUCCUUCCCCAGGUACCAGGUCAGCUUUCUCAGGUCAAUCAUGAAUUUGUUUUAUCCUUAAAAAUUUGUUUAAUUCCUUAUAAAAAUAACCAUGAAAUUUUUGAAUCAAGAUUUUGAAAAUUAUGACUUAAUAUGACUGUGAAAACAAACUAAAUCCUUCAAUAAACAGUUGCUAUAGAAAUAUUUGAAAAUUAAGGUACAUACUCAACUGUUUUAAAUGCAGAAUGCUGGAAAGUAGGCUCUCUCAAUAGUAUUUCCCUUUGGUUUUAAUCUUUUUAAAUGUAUGAAAGACUGUCUCGGUUUAUAUAUUCAAAAAUAUAUACUUAAACUAUAUUUCAUAAAAAUAUAUAUGAAGUAUUCAACUAAUUUGAAGUAUAAAUUGCAGAACAUAUGAGAUAUUCAACUUUGAAGCUUUAAGAUAUACUCUCUAUUUAAUUAAUUUCCUUUACUUAAUUAGUACUCAUCUGGAUGAUAUUGCAGAUAUCUUCUUCCAAGAUAAUAAGGAUGUUGAGUCUCCUUACUCGAUCAUUAUCAAAGCAUUGAAGAUGGAAUUAAUAGCAAAACCAUAUGUGAAGUUUGUUUUAUAGUUUCAGCUAAAACAUACUACGUACUACGCAUUAGAAUUCAAUGGAACUCAUGAAUAUUCUACAUGUACAUGUCAUAGUGGGUUUGCUUUUAUUGUUCUACUUUUCUUUCAAGUUUUAGUUUUUUUUUUGAAACAUUCAAGUUUUAGUAAUUUGGUUUUAUUAAACUCUGCUCUUUGCCUCUUUGCUCUUUUCAUUUGUUAUACUCGGUACAAAAAUCACGAAGUUGUACUCUAUCACUUAUUUCAAAUCUAAUGCACCGAAAUACACAAUUUUCAUAUAAUUAAGAGAAUAUUAUCCGAAAUAGGACUAAAAGGGUUUGAAAAUUCCAAAAUAGGACUACCAUGUUUUUAUUCCCAAAAUAGGACUAAUUACUGUCAUGUUUUGGCAGUAUCAGACUUCAAACAUGGUAGUUUUUUCCAAACUUGGCAGUAUUUACUCCUAUUUUGGGAAUAAAAAAACAUGAUAGUCAUUGGGCUGUACCGCUUUGUAUAUAAGACAUGUUUCAUUCACAUUUAAUGAGUUUGUCUUUGGUUAAUAUUUGAUGGGUUGAUCAUAAUGCUCUUAUUAUCAUAUCAUGCCUUUUAAUGGAAAAUGUCGUCUUUAGGGGAGUUCAAACAAGUAUGUACACCUUUCCAAAGGCACGAGACAAUAUAUUAAACAUAUGGCUUUAAAUUCAUGCUGCCAGGUGUUGAAGUUUACAAAGAAUAUGGAGCUCAGGUGCAAUAUUGAAACAUCAAUGCUUUAGGGAUUCAACUUUACUGAGUGGAUUUUGCAGAUAGGAGAUGGGGUGAUGGGGGACAAUAACGAUGUAGAAUCAAUGGUCCAAUUGCAUCUAUUGUUGAAAUUAUCUACCCCGACUUUGAAAUACGCAUCACUGACACUUUCUUUUUAAAUUCCAAGGUAGUUCUUGAGCCAACCAUUGAUAGACGUGACAAAAUCACAAAAAUGCAUGCUAGGGUUGACUGCAGGCGAGGUUAAGAGACAUUUAAGCUUGGAUUCAUAAUCAUCUUCUAAGUUAUAACUCAAAACAGUGCACUCCUUCAAGAGAUGCGUUCUCUCAAAUUUCUCAUUUGCAUUGAUUGUUUAGAUGUGCCAAGUCAUGAUUGAAUCAGAAAGGAGUUGCACGUGUGAUGCUAAUGAGGAAUACCAAUCAUUCUUUUGAUAGAGUAAUGGUAAUCGCCUCUUCGUCACUACACUCGGAACACAUAUUAUUAAGGCUAGAUGAUGUCGAGAACAAAUGUCGAAUAUAGAUAUCUUAUUCCGAAACUUAUCUUGACUCAAUCUUGCUUGAAGCUAUUGUUCACAAUCCAUCGUAGACAAGUCCUUCGAUUCUUAGUUACAUGAAGACCAUUAACGAGAGUCAAAUACAAACUUUAGGUGGGGUUGGUGUUUGUUUAUGUCGUUCUGUUUUUACAUUUGGGCAAUUCUACGUCACAGUCUCAAGAGUAACGUCUAAUCUCCUUCUGGGUUAAAGGCUUUAAGUGUUAUUUAUAGAGAGGUGUAUAAUAAUUUAUAGUUAUAUCUUCAUUAAUUGUUGUAAAAAUAAUAUAUGUAAUGUUUUAUCUUUAUCAAAUUACUUCUUUAUCUUAAAAAUAAUUCAAUUGUAGCUAACUGCAUCCCGUGCAACGCACGGGUGAAAAUCUAGUUAUAUCAGUGGUAAUAAUGAGUUCCCGGUGAAGAAAUUAUCCUAAAUAGGACUAAAUGAGUUUGUGUAUUCCAAAAUAGGAUUAUUAUGUUUUAAUUACUGUCAUGGCAAUAUUUUUCAAGUUAGAUAAUAAUUACUCCUAUUUAGGUAAUAAAAACAUGACAGUAGUUCUAUUUUGGAAUUCUGAAACAUUUUUACUACGAAAAUUUUCUCUUUUGGGUGAUAAGUUUAAAUAAUGUUUAUCAGUGGUAAAUGGUAACGAUAGGGAUUAGGGAGGAUAUAGUUUUUGGAUGGGAGUUCUCGGGGUCUUCUUAAAGGGAAGUGGCCGGAGUACUACUGUACUAGGGAUUUCCAUAGUUUAAAUUAAAGACUUUGGAUGUUUUCUUUUGGACUGUUUUCAGUCCCAGACCAGACCAGACCAGACUUAAAAAGACCAGACCAGACUUAAACAGACCAGACCAGACCAGACUUAAACAGACCA